UCGUGCGCAAUUGAAUUUCAAUUUCCCCAAAAAAAUCUUAAUAAUAAUAAUAUCUCUUUAUACCUUUCCUUUUAUUUCUAUUCCCUUCUUUUUCAAACCCUAAAAAUCAUUUUUUCCUUUCAACCCUAAAACUCAAAAGAUUUCACUAUGAAAGGAGCUAAGUCUACAUCCAAGAGAGCUGAACCCAAGCUUGCGGUGAAUAAGAAGGCCGCUGGUGCUGCUACUAAAGGUCGGAAAGCAUCGAAGAAAGCUGCUAAGGAUCCUAACAAGCCUAAGAGGCCUUCCAGUGCUUUCUUCGUUUUCAUGGAGGAGUUCAGGAAGCAAUUUAACAAGGAAAACCCUAACAACAAAGCAGUCUCUGCUGUUGGUAAAGCUGCUGGUGAGAAAUGGAAGUCGAUGACUGAGGCUGACAAGGCACCAUUUGUUGCCAAAGCUGAGAAAAGAAAGAUUGAGUAUGAGAAAAACAUGAAAGCAUAUAACAAGAAACAAGCUGAAGGUGCUGAUGCUGCUGAGGAAGAAGGUUCUGAGAAAUCAAUGUCUGAGGUGAAUGAUGAAGAUGAAGGAGAUGAAGAUGGCAGUGGAGAGGAUGAUGAUGACGAGUAGGAAUUGGCUGGAGAAGAUGAUAGCAUAGUCUUCUAGGCUGUCUUAAGAUUGAAUCAAUACCAUGUGAUUGGUUUGAUUGUUAAUUGUUAAUCAUCGGUUCUUUUUCUUAAUAUUUAUUUUGUUGAAGAAGUAUACUCCUGUGCUGUCUCCCCCUUUUGGCCCACUGAAUUUUGGGCUCUUGAAUUUUUAUAGUUAUAGAAAAGGGGAGAAUCAUCUGUGUAAUCGUACCUCUUUUUUUUUUUUUGAAAAACUCUAAUGACUAGCUAGGUGAUUCUGUCUUUUGUAGAGCUGCUGGCAUACUUACUUUGCUAACUAGUUUAUAACUGUUAAAUGUUAAUUCCAAUCUGGUCUACUUACUAUUGUUACUA